ACGCCCACCGGCAGAGCACGGCGCGAGCGCCAUCUGUGCGCUUUAUUUUCUCCUAGUGGCGAAGAGGGGAGAGAGAGAGAGGAGAGGGGAGUUUGAAUCUCUCCGCCCGCACAAUCUAUUCACCUCCUCGGCUAGCAGAGAACGUGCGGUGCCUUCUCCGUUCAUGGAUUUUAAGGUUUCACUCGGACGCACGGGACUCCGAUGGCUGAUUGUCUCGCCGUGGGCUUUUAAAAUCGCAGGCGCACUCACUUCGAUGGUGAGUUUUUUGGCGUAGCUAAAGGCAGAGCGCGCGAUGGCUGAGCCGCAGUCUUCUGAAUCCGUGGCGGGACCCUUGUAUGAGCUCGUCUCCGAGGAGACCACUCCGACCCGGGACGCGGCGGCGGCGCUGAGCAUUAGCGAAACCUACCAGACAUACCUGGACGUGUCGGCGGCUGUACACCCGGGGUAUGGGGCCGAGGGGGUGUACUCAAACGGACGGUACAGGGAGCACAGCAGCCCGAGGAUCGGCACCCGGAACCGCGACAGCUCUGCAGAGAGGUGCACCGGCACCGGGAAUCCACCUUGCGGUAUUAUGAAGGAUGGUUCAAAGCAGAGGCAGGCAAAAAAGAAGACUGUCUCAUUCAGCUCCAUGCCAAGUGACCGCAAGAUGAACAGCACAGCUGCCUGCAUGGCCUUCAUGAUGGAAGGCUGUGAGAUGAAGAAAGUCCGCUCCAAUUCUCGCAUGUACAAUCGUUACUUCCUGUUGGACCCUGACAUGCGCUGGCUCCGCUGGGAACCAUCGAAGAAAGACUCCGAGAAGGCCAAGCUUGAGAUCAAGAGCAUCAAAGAAGUUCGGUUGGGAAAGAAAACACCCGUCCUACGCAGCAACGGCCUCUCGGAUCAGUUCCCGGAUGAGUGUGCAUUCUCAAUUAUAUACGGAGACAACUAUGAGUCCCUGGAUCUGGUCGCCAGCACAGCAGAUGUGGUGAGCACCUGGGUGAUGGGACUGCGGUACCUGGUCUCAUACGGGCGGCACAUGGUGGGUGUAGUCGAACCUAGUCAACCCAGUGUAAGAACGUCCUGGAUUGGGUCUGUGUUUGAGCUAGCUGAUCCAGAAAGGCAAGGACACAUUGACCUAUUCCGGGCCACCCAAAUCAUCAAGGGUCUCAAUCCUGGCAUGAGGGAGUCCCGUAUUGAACUGAAGUUCAAAGAGCUACAAAAGGCAAAGGAUUGCUAUGGUGAAGGCAUUGAUCUAGACACAUUUGUAGAGGCCUAUUGUGAACUGUGCACACGUCCUGAGAUCUUUUUCUUGUUGGUGCAGUUCUCCAGCAACAAAGAGUACCUGGACUCCAAGGACUUGAUGCUAUUUGUGGAGGUGGAGCAGGGAGUCGAGGGAGUCACAGAGGAAAUGUGUCGGGAGAUUGUGCACAAGUACGAACCCUCCGUUGAAGGACGUAACAAUGGCUACUUGUCCAUAGAUGGCUUCACACACUACCUCCUGUCAUCCGAGUGCCACAUUUUUGACCCGCAGCACAAGCAUGUUUGUCAGGAUAUGACGCAGCCCCUUUCACACUACUACAUCAACUCUUCCCACAAUGCCUCACUUUUGGAAGAUCACUAUUGGGGCUCGUCCGACCUCAGCAGCUACGUUCGGGCUCUACGCAUGGGUUGUCGAAGCCUUGAGGUUGUAGUCUGGGAUGGCGCUGACUGUGAGCCCGUUGUCUAUGUCGGUAGCUCUGUUGCCUCCCAGCUGGCCUUCUGUAAAGUUCUAGAUGUCAUUAACCAGUAUGCCUUUGAGAGUUCAGAGUAUCCAUUAAUCCUCUGUCUUGUCACACACUGCAGUGUUCCCCAGCAGAGGGUCAUGGCUCAACACCUGAAGAAAAUCCUUGGGGACAAACUAUAUGUUGAUUCUCCCAAUAUGGAGGAUCACUACUUACCCUCCCCAGAAAAACUCAAGGGAAAGAUACUCAUCAAAGGGAAGAGCUUGCCUUCAGACUCGCGAGACUCUGAAGCGGAGGUCACGGAUGAAGAAGAAGGCUUCGAGAUGUCCAGGAGAAUGAUGGGUGGAGACGAUAAGGACCAGCUCAACGGGAUUGGCUGCAAACGGUUACGACUCUGCAAAGAACUUUCUGACCUAGUCACCCUCUGCAAGUCUGUUCAGUUCCGUGACUUUGAGACAUCGAAACGGGAACAGAAGCAUUGGGAGAUUUGCUCCUUUAACGAGGUUGAUGCCAACCGCUUUGCCAAUGAGUUUCCUGAGGACUUUGUCUCCUACAAUAAGCGAUUUCUUUCACGGGUGUACCCUACACCCAUGCGCAUUGAUGCUAGCAACAUGAAUCCACAGGACUUCUGGAAGUGCGGUUGCCAAAUCGUGGCCAUGAAUUACCAGACUCCGGGUUUGAUGAUGGAUUUAAACCUUGGUUGGUUUAGGCAAAAUGGCAACUGCGGCUAUGUCCUGCGUCCAGCUGUAAUGCGUGAGGAGGUGUCGUAUUUCAGUGCCAAUGCGCGUGACUCACUUCCGGGAGUCUCAGCCCAACUUCUCCACAUCAAGGUGAUCAGCGGUCAAAACCUACCAAAGCCUCGAGGCUCGGCUGCUAAAGGCGAUGUGGUAGAACCGUACAUCUAUGUGGAGAUCCACGGAAUUCCUGCAGACUGCGCAGAACAACGCACAAAAACUGUCUCUCAAAAUGGUGACAAUCCAAUUUUUGAUGAAAGCUUUGAGUUCCAGAUCAACCUUCCCGAACUGGCUGCUUUGCGUUUUGUUGUCCUUGAUGAUGACUACAUUGGCGAUGAAUUUAUUGGCCAGUACACCAUUCCUUUUGAGUGCCUGCUUCCUGGUUACCGGCACGUACCACUGCAGUCACUUACAGGGGAAUUUUUGCCUAACACCACGCUGUUUGUUCACGUUGCCAUUACAAAUCGUCGAGGUGGGGGCAAGGCCCAUAAGAGGGGUCUCUCUGUGAGAAAGGGCCGCAAAGCAAGGGAAUACACCUCCACUAAGACCACAGGGAUCAAAGUGGUAGAUGAGCUUUUCAGGGCAUCAACCCAGCCACUACGGGAAGCAACAGACCUACGGGAAAAUGUGCAGAAUGCUAUGGUGUCGUUCAAGGAGCUCUGCGGCUUGACUCCGGCAGCUAACAUGAAACAGUGUAUCCUGACUGUGUCCUCCUGGCUGAUGAACAGCGAGCGAGCUCAGCGGGUAACAGUAGAUCUGAGCGGGGCCUACCCCACCAUGGAGGCCCAUGGCCCCAUUCCAGAGCUGCUGCGUAAAGUGCUCACUGCUUAUGACACGAUGAUCCAGACGAGUCGUACACUGAUCGAAUCAGCCGAUGGCGUGUACUCUAAACUUACACAAGCACAGCGAGCAGGAUUGGACUUUCAUGAGGAUCUUCAUCGGAUCGGGGCGAGAGAAGGACUGAAAGGGAGGAAGUUACAGAAGGCCAUGGAGAGUUACGCUUGGAACAUCACUGUGCUGAAGGGCCAGGCAGACUUGUUGAAGCAUGCAAAAGGAGAAGCGAUAGACACUUUGCGUCAGAUUCACUGUGCUGCUCACUCGUGCGGCUUGGCCAAGAACGGAGCAUCCACGUCCCCUGCCUCACCUCUAUUGCCGCCCCACGCACGGUCCCUGCACACCAUCCAUGAGACUGAGCCGGACAACACCACCCUGCACUGAGAUAGAGAGAGAGAGGGGUGGUAUUUGCCUCUUUAAACCAGGGAAAGGGAGCCGUAAGGAAAGAGUCAGGUGGGGUGAUUCAGUGAAGGACACACAGGAGCCAGUUUAACUUCAGUGUGCUUUACUCUCUUCCCAGCUCCACCAUGCCUGCUGGGCUCAGGUCUUAAAUUGGUAUCCCAACCAUGGAGUCACAUUUUAAAGGAUUAUAGUGACCUGUUCUUCUGUGACACAGCAGCUGUUGAAAUUUCGCUGCAAUCACUUACACUAGCCACGAUAUCCAGUCAAAAGUCCCAAAUCUCAAUCAUAUUCAGUCAUGUAAAGGGAUAAAUCACCCAAAAAUGAAAAUUCUGUCAUCGUUUACUCACCCCAAGGUCGUUCGCAAUCUGUAUGACUUUCUUCCGUCAAACACAAAAGGAAUUUUGAAAAAUAAUCCCUACAAUGAAAGUCAGUGGGGUCCACUGCUGUUUUGAACACAGCUGAGUUUCAUUGUAUGGACUAAAGUGGUUAAAACAUUCUUCAAAAUAUCUACUUUUGUGAAAGCAGAUGUUCGUAAAUCUGCAGUAAAGUCUAAAAUGGGUCAAAACAGCAUGGAGGGUAUUGAACUUGAAUCUUAAAUACAAAACUACUUUAGUAACGCAUUUUGAGCAAACAAAGAGAGCUUCAGGAAACAGAAGAAGACACAGCACUCACAAAGAACUGGCAAAGGCCUUCUUCAGUUUACACCAAUGUAGAACUAAAGACUUGCUCACUCCCCCUGCUGGCUCCUCCACACAUUUAUAUUCAUUUUAGAACUGACUAAGAUAAAAAAAAGUGUCAGCUCAGAACACCUUGGUCCUAAAAGGGCCCUUUCUCCUGGAGUCGUGUGUGUGUGUAUGUGUGUGUGUGUAUGAGGUGUAUUUUGAAUAAGGAAAAGUGUGUAUAUUGUUUCUAAACUGGAAACUGGAUACGUCCCGUUGAGAUAGGCUCUACUGGGAAGAACAGAAACUCUGGGAAAAUGUGGAUCUCAGUCGUUGAAAAAAGCACCACUGAGGAUCAGACAAGCAAAUAAAUAUUUCAAUAAAUGAAGAAUUAAUAAUUUUAAGACAAAGUAAAGAACACUUGACCAUCUCAUUAAGAAACACAUCACACCCAAUAAUACACACUGUUCAUAAAUAUUGUUAUUACUACUGUUAAUAUUGUGGGUAGGUGUUAAUUAAAAUGGAAGUUAUUUUAUAUUUGUGUAAACAGGUGUUAUUCUGUACCAGUUUUCAUCGCUGGAAACUUCACAGGGACAGAAAAAGUAAACGGUUGGGAGACGAGGGGACCAGCGUGGAAAUAGUUUGGGUCAAAGAAUUUGGGUGUUUACUGUCACAUUAAUGUCAAAUAACAUCUGACUGAGAUGAUGUCCGUCAUUUAUAAAGCCCACAUGAUGUUAUAUAAAAGCUGAUUGACAUCA